AUGAUAUCUGGUGCUGAAAGCAAGUGCGGCGACUCUGCUUAUUCAGAGACGACAUACCCUCUGUGCAACGUGUCGCCGAUAGCUAUAGUGACAGCAAUAUAUGAUUACAGCGGUCGGAAGAAGAAUCAUUUGAGUUUUCAGCAGGGCGACACUAUCUACGUUUUGGAAAAGCAUGAAUCCGGUUGGUGGGAUGGCUUAGUGAUUGAAGCGAACGGCAAAGUGAACAGGGGCUGGUUCCCUCAAAACUACUGCAGAGCGGCACAUGCAGUUAGCUAUAACCACUUAGCGUCCAAAAUGAAAAGACGAGCAUCGCAGAUGAAGCCAAGCUACUCUACACAAACUUCGAGGCGUGGAAGUCUUCAGCAUCAGCCCGCCUUUGCCCAACUCUCUCCCCAACAGAGAAAAUCGAGUGUGUCAGCAUCAAGCCCUCCAAGAAAUAGCUUUUCUGCCCAGUUGCACAAUCAAGGUCAUAUGGCAGCGCCUCAACAUCGCCGAUCCAAUUCCCAUUCACAUUCCCCGACGGAGUCAUCUUUUGGAUCGAUAUCAGCCUCCCCUAUGGGAGCAGGUUCACAAACACUUUCAAAUCUCGGUGGAAAUCCAACAAACUUGGGUGAUCUUUCGCACCAACAGCGAAAGAGUUUAAGUGAAGCAAAAUCUUUAUCCAGCUCGGGACCCCCUUCAAGCUCAGGCUCGCGAAUGGGUUCUAGAUCGAUGUCAGCGACAAGGACUGCAAAGAGCAAACACCUCCAGCAGCAUGGACUGCACCAACAAAUCAAUGAGCAUACUGGAGAGAAAUUGACCAUCCUGUCUUCGGAAGAAAUCGAAAUGAUUUUCAAUAGCAUGCAUACCGAAGUGCCCCCUGUAUGGUCACCAGUCCCAACAGCAAAUUCGGAAAAAGUUUUAUAUUACAACAAGCAUUUUGAUAUUUACUGCAGUCAAAUGCCUCUAGUUUCCAGUGCGUUUCUCGAGACGAGCAGCAGUUUAACGCUCAACGAUCAACAGGUCGAUCUAUCUCCGCGAGACUUACAAAACGCAUCCAAACAUAAGGACAAGACUUUCAAGCUGAUGUCUUACUCGAAUAGAAGCACCAAUACGCCGUCAAAGCGUUCCUCAUUAUCUUCUGCAUCCUGCAACUACCCCUCACCCUCAACACACACGGAGCGGCGGAACAGUUCAACCUCGACUACUCACUCAAAUUUUUAUCGGGCUGUUUCUGAGAGUUCUAGUGUACAACAACCACAUUCGCGUGGAGUUCCCCAAAAGCAUCAUUCGGCACCAGUGGUAGGUGUCUCUUCUACAUCUGCCUCGAAAAGAAAGCAUCCACCACCCUCCCUGCAACCAUGUCAGCAUAAGCAUACUAAGACGCAAGCAAUUUUGGCAAAGCCGGAUCUUUUCUAUCAUCAUACAAUGGAUAUAAAGCUAUGGCCAGAAUUGCGUGAUAGCACUCUUUAUUAUGCUAAGAGGGCUCAUGAAAUGCUAAUUAAGAACAAUCAACUGGAAUUCGAAGCGCUAUUCCAACUAUCAUCUACUUAUUGCACUUACACCCAAAUUGCUUGCCGCCUUUCAUAUCCGCAUAUAAAAGAAAGUUGUCGCGUCAAGGAGGUUAAGCGAUUGUUGAAAAGAAUAAUAGCAUCAUUGGUAAAGAUUGGUAUCAACUCAAGCAUAUAUUUCACAUCAUCACACAGGAGUUUGCACAUUUGGAAUACCACUCCCAGAGCAUCAGAAGUGUCCGAAACUUCCAUUGAGAAUAAUGAUGACAGCGACUUUGGUGCGAUAACUCGCUCAGGCACAGUGGGUGCGGCCACACUUACUUCCGAAGAUAUCGCCAAAUCUCAAAACCUAGAGCAUAGUGGGUCAAUGGCGCAAAAUGAGCGCAGUUUUUCAUCUGAUUACGGUUUUGUGCGAAACAAGUCCGCCACAACAACUAGAACAUCAGUGCCCAGCGAGAAGCAUAACAUCGAUGGAUUUGCUCCUGACUCAAUGAUGACAAGUCUGUAUGAAAAUUUGGAUAAUGAGUUUACUCAGUUCAUCAAAACAAUUCAACUGUUAUAUCACGUUUUGCAGACGUCCGUAACGGCUGGUGAUUAUAUCCCUCAGCUCUUUCCUAGGUUUUUUCGAGGCUCGUUCAACGGUGGUUCUUGGAACAACCCUUUCAGCCAGUUCGACCCUGUUAAUGAUGGAAUAAAUGAUACGGAAGACUCAUCUAAUAAUGGCAGUUCAAUCGGAGGUUUACCACCAAAAAUUGCUGAAGCUAUAGCUGCUGCAUCUGGCUGUCAUGCCGCCUCUUAUAUUGAUCUUCACUCUCAGGUUGUCAGUCCUCACGAUGCUUUUCACUCUAAUCAGAAGGCUAUUUUAUGCCAGGGCUUUAACAGGCCUUCCCAUCACAGGACAUUUUCGAGAUCAAGAGCUUCAAGGAAAAUUCAAUAUCCGUUGAGCGAAAACACAGUCAACAUGAUGAAGAAAAGGUACUUCUCUAUCUGCGAAAAGAUAAGCAGCUUUGAACUGAAUGAGGAGUCCUAUCAAGACCCUGAAUUGACGAAGUCAAAGAAACGACAACUGGAGGUAACUUCACAAACAUAUGAGGAGGUCAGUUCCUGUAUUCUACUCGAAGUCUUGGAGAAUUUGGAUUUGGGCAUCUUUGUCAAUCUGAGGACACUUAUUGCGUCUAAUAAGCAUCUGGAUGCUGAAAGUGAAGAGUUCUUGCGGCAUGCGCUAUCAUCGAUUUCUACUUUGCUUACAGAAUUCUUUGACACUAAGCAGGCGUUCCAUGACACUGUAAUAAAGCUCAUCAUGUGUGCUCAACAACUCACUCUCUAUGAUCCCUAUGUAUUUUGCUCGAUGAGACCUAAUACACCGGUGGGGUAUAACGAGCCUGGUAUGAGCCCGUCCCAAUCUCAUUUCAACAAAAUUGAUAAGGCCGUUAGCGAACUUUACAAGUUGUUAGUCGCCCAGGAUGUCGAGUUCAACAACAUGCAGUAUCUGAGAACUUUUGAUGAGUUUUCGGACGUGUGCUUGAAGUACACUGAGAUUGCCAGUUUGUCUUGCACGAUUACGGAGCAGUUGGUGGAAGAAAGGGAAAACUUGCUGAAUUACGCUGCGAGGACCAUGAGAAACGAUCUAACUACCAAGCUAUUAAAGGGUGAGAGCGAAAAGUGGUUUGGAGACUAUGACGUUUUCGAGCCUGAGGACAAUGAACCAUUCCAUUCUUCAGAUGAUGAGUAUCACAGCGAUUAUAAUACAAAGUCGGAAAAUCUUGACAAAGACACACCCUGGUUUCUAGGUUCUGAGUUCGAGAAAACCUUAAUCUACGAUCAGCGCGGUCGAGUAAAGGGAGGAACUAAGAAAGCUCUUAUUGAGCACUUAACUAGCCACGAAAUAAUUGAUGCAUGGUUUAACGUGACGAUGCUGCUAACCUUCAGAAGCAUGUUUACGACACGGGAGUUUUUGUAUUCCCUUGUGCAUCGCUACAAUUUGUAUCCACCAGAAGGCCUGAGUUAUGAUGAAUAUAACCUUUGGGUUGAGAAGAAGCUAAACCCCAUCAAGUGUCGGGUUGUCAGCAUAUUAAAGUCCUUCUUUUCACAGUACUGGACACCUGCCUAUUUUGAGCCGGGAAUUUCAGCUACGCUAAAUUUUGCACACAUUGCAGUCAGCGAGAAUAUCCCUGGCGCUCAGGAACUUUUCCAGGAUAUUAAAGACAACCUUGCCUCCCAUGGAAAGGGCGCUCCGAGCCAAACGGAUAUAGGAACUUUCGGAGAUCCGGUCGCUUCUGAUGAUAGCAGCGACAGUCACCGGCCGGUUUUAAGCGCGAGGUCUUCCUCGUCCAGCUUCUUAAAAUUAAGAAGAUACAAACUUCUGGACAUUGAUCCAAAAACCUACGCGGCACAGCUGACAAUCAUGGAGCAUGCUCUUUACCUACGGAUCACUGUUUUCGAAUGUUUGGACAGGGCAUGGGGUAUGAAGUAUUGCGACAUGGGGGGGUCUUCCAACAUCGCCAAUUUCAUCGCUAGCGCAAAUAAUCUGACUAAUUAUGUGUCGCACGCGAUUGUCCUGCAGACGGAGGUCAAAAUACGCGCCUUACUUAUUCAGUAUUUUGUCAGUGUCGCAGAACAUUGCCGUGAAUUGAACAACUUCUCGUCGAUGACAGCAAUCGUUUCUGCAUUGUGUUCUUCGCCGAUCUACAGGCUUAAGAAGACCUGGCCACUGGUCAGCAGGGAGUGCACAAACGUUUUGAAGGAACUGAACAAGUUGAUGGACUCAGCCAAGAACUUCAUCCACUACAGAGAGCUGCUGCGAUCUGUCAAAGAUGUUGCGUGUGUCCCCUUCUUCGGUGUCUAUUUGUCCGACCUGACUUUCACGUUCGGAGGAAACCCUGACUAUUUGCACAAUUCUAAUGAAAUCAUCAACUUUAGCAAAAGGGGACGGAUCGUGGACAUCGUCGAAGAGAUCAUGAGCUUCAAGAAAAUCCACUACAAACUGAAAAGGUACGACGAUAUCCAAACAAUCAUCGAGGGCUCACUUGAGAAUGUUCCGCACAUCGAAAAGCAGUAUGAGCUUUCACUGCUCAUCGAACCAAGAAGUGAUGCUCAAAAUCGUCCCACUGCAAAUGAUCCUCUGAAAGGAUUCAAGUCCAGUGCGGCUCCCGACGACAGGAAUAGUAGGCUACUUAAAUUCGGGAAAAAACAGUCCUCAAGGCUCUUCGCUAAGCCUAACGACUAA